UCGGUCCUUCGAGCCGGAUAGCGAACAAUUUUUAAAAACAGAUUUUUGAAAUAUAAAUAAAAACAAUACAUUUCGUAAGACACGGUAGUGAAAGGACAUUGUAAGUGUGUGCAAAAAACUAUUUCGCAUAGUGCAAAGUUGAUAUUCACGUGGAAUUUUCGCCUUGAAGAGGUCUUCUUGUUGGUAUUUACCAUAAUCAAAGAUGCACCAUGACCAGAACUGGAUUUAAGGCUCUCUAGUGGGCACACAUAAAAUAGUGCUGCGAAAACUUAUGAAGAGUGAAAAUCUUCAGAUUUUUCCAACUUAUGGGGUAAAGUACCUUUAUACCCUUUAAGGGUGACGGUGUCAUGGCCUGGCAUGGAAAACUUAGGCCUGGUUUAUUACUUUUGCUAUUUUCGUUCGUUGUUAUAUCGGAGGCGACGGCAAAAGCUUUAGAACAAUACCGAUAUGAGACGGCUUACGCGUGUGAAGGGAAAACAUUGAAAAUCGAAUGCAAGGAUGGUGAAUUGAUCAAACUGAUCAGAGCAAAUUAUGGGAGAUUUUCGAUAACGAUAUGCAACGAUCAUGGAAAUACGGAUUGGAGCGUGAACUGCAUGUCACCAAAGUCUUUGAGAGUACUUCAUGCUAGAUGUUCUUAUAAAUCUGCCUGUUCAGUUGAAGUAAGCAACGAAGUUUUUGACGAUCCAUGCAGAGGAACACCCAAAUACAUUGAGGUCCAUUACCGUUGCGAAAAUGCAACAACCACCACAACGACAAGCCGUCCAAGUCCACCAUGGUUGAUUACCUCUCAACCACCAAUGUGGAGCACAAUCAAAACUCCGUCUGCUCGUCCAUCGACCACGAAGGUUACCAUAAGUCCCCCAUCUCCAAUCCCUGGGCCUGUACCAUCUUCCACUUCAGUCAAUGUGCCGACAUCCACUUCUAAAGGCUUUAAAGAAGUUGCGGCUUUUGACAAUGCUCCUAGGAAGGAUCAAGAUGUUUAUUGGGACUCGAGGGACCCCAAUCAGUAUGACAUUACUACAUUACCCCUCACAACUGUUUCACCUAAUGGCAACUCCAAUAAAAGACUGUUUACAUCUGAUUCCACGUCAACAUUCUCGUACUCACCAUCAAUCCCUUCUUGGCCCAAAGACUCGGAAUACCUUCCAUAUCACUGUAAUUCUACUACAGUAAGAAAUAUUUACUGGAAAAGCACGCACAUUAAUGAGACUGCUGUUCAACCUUGUCCUCCUGGAACAACAGGUUUUGCAAAAUGGCACUGCUCCGAAAGUAGUUCUUCUAAUUAUCCAGAAUGGACUCCAAUCAAUCCAGACUUGAGCGAAUGUCGAUCAGUUUGGUUGACUAGCUUGGAACAAAGGCUGCUUCUAGGCAAAGAUCUUUUAAUGUCAAUCAUAAGAGAUUUACCAACAGUAACUGGCAGCAAAACUUUAUAUGGUGGCGAUAUGGCUAUCACCACAAAAUUAAUACAAAAAAUGACUGACAAAAUGGCCCAAGAUAUACAAACAUUUCCUGAUACUAGACAAAGGGAAGAAAUAGUAACAGAGAUGUUGGGUUAUGUUACCAAAACUAGUAGCAAUCUUCUAGAUGCUACACAGUAUUCUUCAUGGAGAGACUUAAGCUACAAGGAACAAAUGAGUGUAGCUACUUCACUACUUAUUGGGUUGGAGGAAAAUGCUUUUUUGUUAGCUGAUACAGUGACAAGCCAGAAAACAGUUAACAGAAACGAGAAAAAUAUACUUCUUUCUGUGAGAGUUUUGGAUACAAAAUUUUUAUCCGAUGAAAUAUUUCCCUCCGGUGAAGAUAGACCUAAUGAUUGGAACGCCAGUAAUGAUUCAUUAGAAUUACCUAAAGAAGCUUUAUUAGAGAAUAGCGACGGAAAUCUUGUUAGACUCGUUUUCGUUGCGUUUGACAGACUGGAAGAAAUUCUUCAAUGGCAGCCUGACAAUUUAGAUACUGCUAACAAUAUUACAAAAAUUUUAAAUAGCAAAGUGAUCUCGGCCAGCCUUGGCAAAGGCAGGCAUAUCCAGCUGAAAGAACCUGUAAGACUGACAUUAAAACAUAUUAAAACUGAAAAUGUAAGCAACCCCAAAUGUGUAUUUUGGGACUAUACUACAAACUCUUGGUCAGAGGAGGGUUGCCACGUGGACAGUUCAGAAUCAAAUUAUACACAUACAGUGUGUUUUUGUGAUCACUUAACUAACUUUGCUAUUCUCAUGGAUGUCCAUAAUGUGUACUUACCAAUACCUCAUGAAAUAGCACUUCAAGUUAUUACUUACAUAGGAUGUAUAGUUUCCAUUAUUUGUCUCAUACUUGCCAUAGUCACAUUUCAGUUAUUUCGCGGGCUCAAGAGCGACAGAACAACGAUACACUGUAACUUAUGUACAUGCCUCCUCAUAGCUGAGUUUAUAUUCUUAGUAGGAAUUAAUCAAACUCAAAAUAGGAUAUUUUGUGGUGUUAUAGCUGGGAUUUUACAGUAUUUUUUCUUGUGUGCAUUUGUAUGGAUGUUCUUUGAAGGUUUUCAACUCUAUGUAAUGUUAAUAGAAGUAUUUGAGGUGGAGAAAUCGAGAAUACGAUGGUAUUACAUCUUCGCAUAUGGACUGCCAUUUUUAAUAGUGAUUGCAUCUGCAGCUAUAUAUCCUAGCGGCUACGGAACUAUGCGAUAUUGUUGGCUUAAAACUGACAAUUACUUUAUUUACACUUUCGUAGUACCAGUUUUCAUCGUCAUGUUGCUGAAUGUCAUAUUUUUGACAAUGGCAAUAGUAAUGAUGUGCAGGCAUGCAAGCGCUUCUGUGUCCAUGAAAAAUAAAGAACAUUCUCGCCUUGCUAGCACGAGUGGAAAGGAGGAAAAUGCACUUCGAAUGAAAUUUGACUUGGCAUGGCUGAAAGGAGCUUUCGUUCUAGUUUUCCUGCUAGGACUGACUUGGAUCUUCGGAUUUUUAUACAUUAACCAAGAAUCGGUUGCCAUGGCUUAUUUGUUUGCCACUUUCAAUUCCUUGCAGGGAUUCUUUAUAUUCCUGUUUCACUGCCUUCAGAACGAAAAGGUCCGGAAGGAGUACCGUAAGUUCAUCAGAAAACACUCCUGGUUACCAAAAUGUCUUCGUUGUUCAAAGUCAAGCAGUGGACCUGGUGGCAGCAGUACUGGUAACAGUGGCAGUUGUACUACAUCGGGUGGACCAGGCAAAGAGAGGCGACCAAGUCUCUACGGCUCAAAUGGGAAUCCAUCAGGAGGAACCAAUUCACAUUCGACGGAUAAUUCCGUGUUGACGCCUCACGGAACAAGUUUUCAGCGAGGUUGGAACUCCCAGAGCUGCACGAACGUCAAUCGAGCAUGUCGUACGCCUGUACCCACCUCUACGUCGGCCAACACGGCUGCUACUCUGUGUCGCCCCCUACGACCCACAGAUUCCGUUCCUUCUCCCGACCUAGAAGCCCCUAACACUUCAACUCUUCCCUACAUUCGCAAUUUUUAUAAGAACUGUACCGUGAACCCUAAUAUUCCUAAAUCUGUUUCUACCUGGGGUCCUCUGCACAAACCCUUACACUGGAAGAACAUUUCUUUUAAGUCAUACAGUCGUGAUUCCGGCCACGGAGGGUCAGAGCAAGAAGAGUCUCCCAGAUCACACAUGAUCAUUGCAGAAGCCCACCGUCACGCCUCAACGUUAGCCAAGGAAGCUCAACGCCAGGCUCAAGCUAGUCAACAGGCAGCUUACUCCGAUUAUGGAAUGCGUCAAGCUUCGCAACAGACCCACUGCGUCGCAACUGGACGGAAGAAAAUUAUUUCAUCUAAACCUCAUCACUAUGGACAUCACACUUAUACAGAAAUUUAUGAUGGGCAAAACCCAAGAGGACUUUUGACCGCUGAAGACGAUCCAGUUUAUGAGGAAAUUGAUAGGAACGAAAUUCAAGUGAGCGACAUGAGUGAUGAAGAUGCCAAAAGGCAAAGUGACAUGAGCAGACAAAGUUCUAGGUCUUAUGGCGAUCAUAGACCUUUAAUUCCAUACAGUCCAGGUACUGAAAGAAGUUUUUUGGAAGUGUUAAGCAACAAUAAAGAAUUGGAGAAUGCUUACAGAUUGCGAUGCAACAACAUUGGUCUACCAUAUCGUACUCCCCAAGGGGAUGCCGCGGUAAGGUCUUUGGCAGCUGUACUUGAUGGUGAAACUGUAGUGUGUCACCUUGAGCCUCCGGAAAUGUAUCCUCACCAAAAUCUAGACGUUACAUAUGUGUCACGAACUUUAUCUCACCUUCCUCCUUAUAGUGAAAGUUAGAAACUGCCAUUCGCAAGUAAUUAUCUGUGAUUAUCGCAUGAUCAGACAAUUGGUCAUAUUAAUUAAUAGUUUUGUUAGUAAGGCUCAGCUUGAAUGGAAGAAAGUGAUAAUUUUAUAUUAAUCGACUAUUUUAUAAAAAAAAAAGAACUAAUAAUACGUAUGAGUUAUUCCAGUCAGCCUCUUUAUUUUGUAAUUGUCUAGGUAUCAAGGCAGUUAUGUCGCCUAAGAAAAUUAUUGUACGAAAGAUUAUUUAAUUUUUUUUUUUGAGUUUGGCCUAAAUAUAUGUGUAAAAACAUCAAAAUUUUUACCCUCACGUAAUGGCAUGGAGCUUUAAAUGAAGUUAGUAUCCAAACUUCUGAAAACUUGCGCCAUAUGAUUAUAGUAGGUUCUUUCUAAAAGCUUACUCAAAAAUAAUGUAGUUUUUUUUUUAAUGAAAAAAAUCCUUUUUUUUUUGUAAAUAAAGUGUAAUAAUGAAAUUUUUAUUUAUUUUUCUAAUUUGUGAUAAUUGAUCAUUGAACUUUCUUAAGCAACAAAACUGCCUUAAAAAAAUGACUUGUUGCAAUAAAAAUUCUUGUUUAUAUAAUCGUAGGGCUGAGUGAAGCUCCAUAUAAAUAGUUUCCGUAAAAUACCUAUAUGGGAUUAUUGUAACUUUGUGACUAUUCGUUAGACGGACCUAAUAACGCAACUGAAACUUUUCUCUUAAUCCAGAAGUACCUACUUAUUUUUUUUUUACAUACAUACGUCCAUACAUCCAUAGAAUAUAUAGUUUUGCAAUUUGCCACUUGAACGUUUUACAAGCAUAACAAAAAUUUCAGGUGUGUUAGGCAAAUGGCUACCCAAUUAAUUGUUUAUUUAUUUGUCCAUGUGAAUGUACCUGCAAAAAAUUAAUGUGUCUGACCUCUUACCUAUUGGAUCCUCGAUUGUAACAAAAAUAAUAAUAAGAAUAAUUAUUGAGAAACGAAUAUGUUGCAUUUUCGUUCCAGUUAUUGAUAUUACUAAUUGUUGAUAAUAUAGGUCCUUGACUAAAGCAAUCCAAAAUUUUUACAUAAUCUAAUUUAGCGGAAAAAAAUUCUUUUUUUUAAUUUAUUUGUACAUAAAAUGGUCUGUUUUAAUUUGUAGUGCUGUUUAAGUUAAGACUUAGCUAGCACGGAUUUGUAAAUAUUUAAAUAAAAAUGGCAAUUGCAA